CAGUGGUUGCUUUCAUGCUUUCCUCCCUUUUAUGCGCAGCUGUGGUCAAAGAGCUGCAGACGUUUCAGGUUAUUGAUUCCUAUGUGGUUUCUUUAGCACUAAUCAGCUCACACUUCCACGAUAAAGAGACUGAAGAGUCCAAUCACUGUUAGUCUGUUGGAACUGAUCCCAGCCUCAGCCAAAACAUCCAUCAGGUAUUGAUCAGGAGUUGACUGGAGCGUGUUUUCUCUGAGACGGACUAUUGGGCCACACGUGACCCCCCCAGAUAAAAGUUUAGAACCAGAUGAUGGUGACGGUUAGAGUUCAGAGGGGUUUCACAUGUGACACCAUUGGACACACCCACUACAAACUGCAUGUAUUUACUUGAAAGUCGUCCUCUGCUCCCAGUUUGAGAGGAACUUGAUCAAAAACGACAUGGCAUCAAUCACCAAGCAGCUUUCCUCCAUCAACUGUGCAGCCAAGAGAGCCACCCCUUCCUCCACUGUGAUCCGGCUGGUUUUACUGGGGAAGACGGGCAGCGGCAAAAGCUCCACGGCCAACACCAUCUUAGGCCGCAAAGUCUUAGAUUUGAAGGUCAGCAGCGCCUCAGCUGGACAGCGUUGUCACAGGGCGAGUGGAGAAUUUCGUGGGCGACAGCUGCUAAUCCUUGACACCCCUGGGUUGUUUGACACCAAACAGACUCAACAAGAGGUACUGAGGGAGCUGAGGAGGAGCGUUAGCCUGCUUUUCCCCGGGCCCCACGCCUUCAUCAUCGUCAUUCAGAUUGGGAGGUUCACUCAGGUUGAGAGGGAAGCAGUGCAGCAGAUCAAAGAUGCGAUGGGUUCCCACGCUUUGAGCUUCUCUGUGGUGAUUUUUACCCACGGAGACCGUCUGGAAGAAGACACAACAGUGAAGGAGUGUCUGAUCGACGACAGCAAGGAGCUCGCCGAGUUGGUGGCCGGAUGUGGAGGGAGGUACUGCGUGUUCAACAACCAGAACCACAAGAACAGGGACCAAGUGUCCGAGCUGCUCGGCUUGCUGGACGGCUUGAUGCAAGGCAACGGAGAAAGCUACUACAACAGCAAAAUGCUGCAGAAGACGGAGGAAGAUUUGGCCCAACAGCUGCGGGAGGAGAGGAGGCUGCUGUUCGAGAAAGACGAGCUCCUGAAAAAGAAGCACGUGGAAGCUGUGAAGGUGAGGUAUGAGAGGGAGCUGGAGAAAGUUCAGCUGAAAACCCAGGCGGAGCUGGUGGAGCUGAAGAAAAAACAGGAGCUGGAGAAGGAGAAGGAGGAGAAGCUGGCUAAGGAUCGCGAGGAGGCCUUGAAGAGAGACAUCGAGGCCAAGAAGUCACAGGAAGUGUCCAAACUGAUGGAGAUAGAAAAGAAGAAGAGAGAAGCUCUCCAAGAAAGACUCGACAGAGUGAGUAAAAUGUUAGACAAUCAACUUAAGCAUGAGGAAAAAAUGAAACAAUCGAUGGAGGAGAAGAUCCAGAGCAACAAGGAGGACUACAGGAGGAAGGAGAAGGAGAUGGAGCUUCAGUGGAAGCAGGUCGAGCAGGCCAUCCGGCAGAGAGAACAGAUGGAGCGAGACGUUUUGCAGAAAGAGUUGGACAACCUCAUCCUGAGCCUGGAGGUGCUGGGCAGGAACGAGGAGGAGCGCAAAAAAGAAAUCGAGGACAAGCUGAGGAGAGAGAGGGAGGACAACAAGAGAGAAAUCGCCGUGCAGAUGGAGCACCUGAGAGCGGAGAAACGGAAAACGGAGACCCUGAAGCAAGAGCUGAGACUGAUGGAGGCCAAGAUGGAGCAGCAAAAGUGGAACGAGGAAAACCUCAAGAGGCUGGUGGAGGAGAGUCUGCACGGCGAGAAGGAACGGUUUGACCAUCACAUGUUCAUGUUGAGGGACCAGUGUGGGGAGAAGUGUGCAAUAAUCACGCAGAAGUCCGUGAAGAAGAGCUGCACUGGGAUGAACGUGACUGGAUACAUGCAGGAGAUGGGGCUGCUGGGGCUGAACAUGGCUCUGGAGAAGAUAGGAUCUCCGUGCUGCAUUCAGUGACACCACCCGCAUGGGAAUUCUCAUUAUUGUAACUUUUCUGUUGUGAUUUUACCUUAAAUAAAAAAAUGUUUUUAUUUUAUUUGUAUUAGAGAUGCCAUCCCUGUGCAUGCCCUAAAUAAACAAAUGCACAAAUUCUCUCAAUGAUGAUGGAAAUAAUCUGAUAAUCAUCUCCUGCCCUCUGUCCCGUACUGCUGACUCUGCCUCUAUUAUCUAAAUCUCUAUUGUAAACUAAACCCCGUUGUCAUGAAUAAAAAGGAAUUAUGGCUGGAGUGCUGUUUCGGUUUUUCUCACUGACAGUGUGACCUCGGCGGUGCCAUCUGGUUGUGUUCCCAGAGGAAACGGCGGGUUUUAUCGUGACUUUAACCACCAUUGUGCUCAUCUUUCAGAGCACUCGCUUUAAUGACGUUGGAGGGACAAAUUGUGCUUCUUUCUUUUAGGCAAACGGUUUGGAACUAAGAGGGGUGAGAGACUAGUUUAAAAUUUAUGUAAAAAAUGACUAUAUUUUACUUUUAAGCGACGACUUCCUGGUAAUCUUUGAAUAAUAACUCUCUGGAUUUGUGAACGUUUUUUCUUGGAAAGUGGCCACAUUUCCUUUCAUUUUCAGUCCGCUCUUGUUAACAUAACAGUUAUAACAUUUUUUCCUUUCUUUUUCUUAAGCUCCUUAACACGACUCAUUCAAGCAUUAAUAGGGGCACGUACUUCAAAGGAUGAACCGGAUUAGCACGCCACACUUUCUUAGGAUAUGCCACUUCUUCUUUUGUCCCCAGUUUUUUUCCCCCAAAUUUUUCUCAGAUUUUUUUUAGGAACCUAUUGAGCGGAAUAAUGAGAAACACAUUUUUUCUUGGAACAGCAGUUUGGGGACCACCCUGUCGUAGUGUAAAAGUAUUAUUCCAUGUCUGUCAGACUGUGACCUUAAUGGUACAGUGUGUUUAUAGGAUUAACAAUAAAAAAAAAAAGAAA